GAAAAGAGAUUUAGUCAGAAUAAGCGGCAGCUUUAGGAAAACGGCAAAGUCAUUUCGUGUUUUCUGUCAUUUCUUAUUAAUAUAAGAACGCUUGAAUCAUGACAGCUAGGUACGAUAGGGCGAUAACAGUAUUUUCACCUGAUGGGCAUUUACUUCAAGUAGAAUACGCUCAAGAAGCUGUAAAAAAAGGAUCAACAGCGGUUGGAGUACGGGGAAAUGAUGUUGUUGUUUUGGGCGUAGAAAAGAAAUCUGUUGCUAAAUUACAAGAAGAACGUACUGUUCGUAAAAUAUGUCUUUUGGAUGAUCAUGUUGUCAUGGCAUUUGCAGGAUUAACUGCGGAUGCCAGAGUAUUAAUAAAUCGUGCACAAAUAGAAUGCCAAAGUCAUAAAUUAACUGUUGAAGAUCCUGUUACUUUGGAAUAUAUUACUAGGUAUAUUGCAGGUUUAAAACAGAAAUAUACACAAAGUAAUGGUAGAAGACCUUUUGGUAUAUCAUGCCUUUUAGCUGGUUUUGAUUAUGAUGGUGUACCGCAUUUAUAUCAAACAGAACCAUCUGGUAUAUAUUAUGAGUGGAAGGCAAAUGCAACGGGCAGAAGUGCAAAAACAGUACAUGAAUUUCUAGAAAAAUAUUAUACACCUGAAGAAGUAGCAACAGAAAAAGGAUCUAUCAAAUUAGCUAUUAGAGCUUUAUUGGAAGUAGUACAAUCUGGCCAAAAGAAUUUAGAAAUAGCAGUUAUGCGACGUGGGCAACCUAUGCAGAUGUUAGACAGUGACACUAUAGGAGAAUAUGUGACAGAGAUUGAGAAAGAAAAAGAGGCAGAAGCUGAAAAGAAGAAACAAAAAAAGUGAUGUACUUGUGUCCAAAUCCAGUACUAUUAUAUUAUUACGAAUGUUUCUCAUAAAAUAAAUAUUUUGCAAAUAGGCGAAAAACAGA